UCCGUAGGUGCCUCCCUGUGAGACUGAUGAACAAGGAACGGCUACUUAUCCAUGGUUUGAAGCUGAAUUUUCAUCGAUACAUCGGUCAACUUCGACGUCUACCAUCGCCUCAUCAGAAGACGCCUUGGCGUCGAUUAUUCGUUCACAAGUGGCGCGCGUGUGAGGACGACGACUACGUGCACGUCACGCGCAACGAUAAGGACGUCCCGCAGAACAAUCGUCGUCCAAAGACACGGAAGGCGUCGCACAGCGUUGUUAGUCAGAAAUAA